ACAAGCGGAGUGCACACAGAACUGCGAGAAAGAACAUACCCUUCACACAGCUCAAACACAGGUGAACUACUGAGGUACAGACUUCGUAAAAUGCCAACGGGAAGAUAUUACACACUUACUUGUCGCCCGGGUCAGGAUAGCAAAAAAGCGACAGUGUAUUCUUAUUCGCGGAGUGCGCAAACCGGAGCUAGUUUAGGCCCUCCUCGCAGAUUGACUGCAGUUAAGGAGACCUUGUACAACCCCAAACUGCCGACAUUAAGGCGCAUGGAUAUGGAUGAGGCAAUGCGGCUUCUGCCGGACGAACACUCGCGAUUCAUGACACAACUGAGAAAGGAGGACUUCAGAACUGCUACGAUUACUUUGUUCAAACCAGCAGAAACACCAAUGUCUGGAUCUAGAAUAACUGAGACCGGUCGGGACCUCCAAUCUAGAGGAUACACUCCUUUGGAAAAGGGUGGUCUGGCAGACUUUAUCAAGAGACAACAACCCGAUGAGGAGGACUACAGACAGAUAACACCAUUUCCCACAUCGCGAAAUGAACCUCGUGAGCCUUACAGCUACAUGCCAGAGCAAUAUAUCAACUACAGCACGGAGCAGCUCAAAUUCAACAACUACGCUACGAGAUACCUUAAGCCCAGAAUCACAGGGGGGUGGAGGUACUCACUAAAGCAAGAGCCCUUCGUAGAUCUUCGUGGACAGAGACCCAUCCCAGCGAAUAUUUACUCUCGAUAUCGUAAUCCACACGCGCGCGACUGCUUGGCAAACAGCCCAUGGAAAUAGAGACACUAAUUCGGCCACACCGAGAAAGCAUUGGUCUUUUUUGUUGCUUAAAAAGAAAAGAGUUUAACACAUUGUUAUAUCUAACUAGAGUGAAUUUAUCAAAUAAACGAUCGAAUAUCA